UCCAAAAAUGGAUACAAAAUUAUUCGAAAAUCCAAUAUUUCGAGCAUACAUUUUUUAUGGAUGCUUGUUGACAUUAAAAACAAUAGGAAUGGUAUUUUUAAUUGCAAAAUAUCGUUUUAAAAAACAGAUAUUUAUUAGUCCAGAAGAUACAAAAAUGUUUCUUGUGAAGGAAAAUGCAACUGUGACUUAUGAUGAUCCAGAUAUUGAACGAUGUCGAAGGGCUCAUUUAAACGAUUUAGAAAAUAUUCCGUUCUUUAUGUUCGUAUCAUUCUUUUAUGUUUUAACUGAUCCGAAUCCAAUUAUCGCAAUAAACUUAUUUCGUAUUUAUACCACAGUACGUUUUAUUUACACGUUUGUAUAUGCCGUUAUUGUUGUACCGCAACCUGCACGCUCGAUUAGCUGGACAAUAGGAUUUUGGAUAACUAUGUAUAUUACCAUUUCAACUGCCAUACAUUUUUGGUGAACGUGGAUGAUAAGACUCAACAAAUUCUUUCUAAACAAACUAAUUUUCGCAUAGCUCAAAUUUUCAUUGAAUUCCUCUGUAAUAAACUAAUAAUCAAUACGAUAAGCUACCAAGGCGAUAGUGUUAUCAAAAUGAAACAUACAAACCUUGUAAAAAAUUAUUAUUAUUUCCGCGAAGCCAGGUUAGACUCGGUUCUGCACUCAACAAAUACAGAUUAAUAAAUCAA